UCCUCCGUGUCGGGAAGGCGUGCUGUCACAGAUUCACCAAACGCUGCUCGUGUUUUAUUUUCUGCCCCAACUCCCCGCAGGAUAAAAAGCUCCGCAGCUCGGACCCAACAUGGGUUAGAGAGAAAGCCACCUAUGGAUUAUCCACUUUGUGCACUUCGCCGAGGAUGAUGGGGGGAGAGACGGACUUGUUUUCGCAGAGACAUCCUGACAAAGACGGGGACUGAGAGGGAACAGAUCGGGAUUCGCUGCUUUUCUCUGUCUCGCUUUACAUCUUUGUCUCUUUUAUUAUUUUUUUCUUAUUUUUUUAAUAAUUUCUCUACGUGUGUGAGGGGCAGAGAAAUGUUUGCAGAAUUGCUGUGCGGCGCCGUGGCUCUGGUCCUGUAUGUCAACACUCUGGGCGCCGAUUUCUGCUACGAUGACAGCCGUGCAAUCAAGACUAAUCAGGACCUGCUUCCAGAGACCCCAUGGACUAAUAUCUUCUACGAUGACUUCUGGGGCACCUUACUCACACACAGCGGCAGCCAUAAGUCUUACCGGCCCCUCUGCACCCUCUCCUUCCGCCUAAACCAUGCUGUGGGUGGGCUGGAGCCCUGGGGUUACCACCUGGUUAACGUGGCCCUCCACGGAGCCGUGACAGGCCUGUUCACCUCCCUGGCUCGCCUGCUGCUCGGAGGAGGCCUGUGGAGCCUGCUGGCGGGCCUUCUCUUUGCCUCUCAUCCCAUCCACACCGAGGCGGUGGCGGGUGUCGUGGGCCGGGCUGAUGAAGGCGCUGCCCUGUUCUUCUUGCUGUCCCUGCUGUGCUACAUGCGUCACUGCAAGCUGCGGGGCCACGCCGGGCCCUGGCGGCUCCUGGCCUGGUUCCUGGGCAGCCUGGGCUGCGCUGCGUGCAGCAUGCUGUGGAAGGAGCUCGGAGUGACCGUCCUGGCCGUGUCGGCGCUGUACGAUGUGUGUGUUUUCCACAAGCUCAAACUGCGACAAGUCAUCAUGCUCCUCUACAAGAGAAAGAACAUCCACCUGCUGCUGAAUGUGUUUUUGCUGGCAGCCUGGGGAGCCAUCCUAUUGGCCUGCCGAUUCUACUGGAUGGGUAACAAACCGCCUAACUUCUCCAACUCUGACAACCCGGCAGCCGACUCCCCCUCGCUCCUCACCAGAAUGCUGACAUUUUUCUACCUGCCUGCUGUCAACUUCUGGCUUCUACUUUGCCCGGACAUGCUCAGCUUUGAUUGGUCAAUGGACGCCCUGCCUUUGAUCAGGAGCCUUGCUGAUUGGAGGAACAUUCACACGGUGGGCUUCUACCUUGCAUUGCUCCUGCUGGCUUGGUUCAGCCUGUGGAUGCACCACAUCGGUAAAGGCAAGGAGAGUAAUGGCAAAGCGCAUCAUUACACCAAUGGCAGAAAUGGGAACAGUAACGGACAUAGUUACCAAUACAACAAUCACGAACAUAUGAACAAUUCCAACACAGACGCUUGCAUUAACAGUGCACAGAAUGGUACCAAAAAGCACUAUGAGAGCAGGACUUCACUGCCCACCACUGAAAAUGUUGUGGUGUUCUCUCUGGGCCUGCUGGCUAUCCCUUUCCUCCCUGCCACAAACUUGUUUUUCUAUGUGGGGUUUGUGAUAGCAGAGAGAGUACUCUACAUCCCCAGCAUGGGCUUCUGUUUGCUGGUGGCGGUGGGGGUGAGGUCUUUGUACGUCCGUCUGCGGCACAGGUCCACCAGGGCCAUGUUGGUGUACUGCAGCGCUGCCAUGGUUCUUCUUUUCAGUGUCAAAACUGUAUUGAGGAACCGGGACUGGCAGAAUGAGGAGAUGCUCUACAAGUCAGGGAUUUAUGUCAAUCCUGCUAAAGCAUGGGGCAACCUUGGAAACGUCCUGAAGAGCCAGGGCAAGAUGGAGGAGGCUGAACAGGCGUACAGAAAUGCCCUCUAUUACCGCAGCAACAUGGCUGACAUGCUGUAUAACCUCGGUUUGCUGCUACAGGAGAGCAACAAGUUCUCAGAGGCGCUCCACUACUAUAAGCUGGCCAUUGGGAGCCGGCCAACUCUGGCUUCGGCCUACUUGAACACGGGCAUCAUCCUGAUGAAUCAGGGUCGCCUAGAUGAGUCCAAGCGCACUUUCCUGACCUGCGCCGACAUCUCAGAUGAGAACCUGAAGGAUCCCCACGCACACAAGAGCUCAGUCACCAGCUGCUUGUACAACCUGGGCAAGCUGCUCCAUGAGCAGGGACACCAGGAGGAGGCCCUCACAGUGUUUAAAGAAGCAAUACAGAAAAUGCCAAGACAAUUUGCACCACAGAGCCUCUACAACAUGAUGGGAGAGGCCUACAUAAGACUAAACAAGCUGUCUGAUGCUGAACACUGGUACAGAGAGUCCCUGCGAGCCAAGCCAGACCACAUUCCAGCACACCUCACCUAUGGCAAACUCCUGGCUAUGACGGGGCAGAAAACAGAAGCGGAGAGGUACUUCCUGAAGGCCAUCCAACUGGAUCCCACAAAGGGCAACUGCUACAUGCAUUAUGGUCAGUUUUUGUUGGAGGAGUCGCGGCUGCUGGAGGCGGCGGAGAUGGCAGAGAAAGCCGCGCGCCUCGACAGCGGGGAGUUUGAUGUGGUCUUCAGUGCGGCCCACAUGCUCAGACAAGCCAGCCUGAAUGAGGCAGCCGAGAAGUAUUAUGGACAAGCAGCGAGCCUCAGACCCAAU